UCGGGCGUGCUGGUUGCAGGAGCAGGCUAGAAGCAAGAUGGAGCAGGGGCAUGUCAGUCCCGGGCUUUCUGUUCCCUGUCCCCAGCUUUCUUCCCACCGCCCUAUGGAAAGGAAAUACAGCGUGGGUACAACAUAAAGAGACUGCCUGCAGGUCCCUGGGAAGCCUGGGUCCCAGAACCUCUUCAUUGUGUUCUUUAAAAUGGGUGCAGUGGACCGGAGCUGGGUAAACCCGAGGGGACCAAUGGACCUCCUGAAUAUGUGUGUGAAACCACGGGCCUUAAAGACAAGUGACGGCUCCAGGCGUGGGCCGUGGAGUCAGACCCCUGUGUGCACGCAUCCCACCGCCUCCCUUGGGCAUGUGGCUUCUCCUUUCUGCAGCUCAGCUUCCCUUGUUGUCAAAUGGCAUUUAGAGUGUCUGCUUCAUGAGGUUUAAAUGAAAUCACGUGGAUAUAAAGCCCCUAACCCAGGGCCUGACGCAGAGCAUGUUCCUGCUGUUUAGAGCUCCCCUGUGCCAGGUGCCGAGUGGCGGGUUUCAUCCUCCCAGCCGCUCUGUGAGGCCCGUUCUCUCAUCAUCCCCAUCUUACAGAAACGAACACUGAGGCUCAGAGAGUUGAAGUCAACUGCCCAAGGUAACACAGCGAAGGAGUGGUCAGAGGCAGUGUUGGAACCCUUCUGGCUGCAGAGUCCGUGCUCUCAGCCCCCACGCUCCAGCGCCUCUCACCCGGCUCACAUGAGGCCUCCUGAGCAUGUACGUGUUCCUGGGGAGCAGUGAUCAGGUUUUCUCAGGCAGUGGCUUUCAAAGCUUCCUCCUUAUCGCAAUUACCGGGGAAAUGUUUCAAAAGAUCAACGGAUUCCAGCACCAGCCCAGGCCUUCUCUGGGGCCCAGGGCUCUGUGUUUCCGGCAAGCAUCCCAGAGUAGGAUGCUGAUGCAGGGGUUCGUGGACCGCUCUUUGGAGAGAUCUGAGGAGUUUUUGACUCCAAGAAGUUUGCGAGGCCUGUACUGGCAGGUCUGGAGGGCCCCGAGGUAGUGGGGACGUCAGGGAGCCGAGACAGUCGUGUGUUCUUGGUUCAGAGGGCAGCGCCCAGCGCAGCCCCGGGGGAUGUGAUCCUCAGAGCGACUGCCUCCCCGACUCCCAGUCCCUGUCCAGGCCCAGCAGGAACCCCGCCCCACCACCAGGCCACGGACCCCUGCCAGCCAUGCCACCCAGGACUCUGUGGGACCUGAGAGCCACCACCCCUGGGGAACCCACAGCCGGACAGCCCCGAGCAGGCUGGCCCAGGAGGCUCAAGGCAGGUAGGACGAGACAGCAGCCAGAUGGGCUUCCGGGGUGUGGGGUCCCACUCCACUCACCCCCCUGCCCCACCCAUUCCCGAAGGGCGGGCGCAGCUCAGCCCCACCACGUGGUGGCUGCGGUUGGGAAGUGGCUGACCUGCCCGGUGGGCGGCAGUCAGGGCCGCUCACGCUGAGGUGGGUCGUUGGCCUCUGGCUGCAUGACCCCAAGCCGGCCCCUCCUCCCCUCCGGAACCCUCUGUCAGCUGUGCUUUAACCGAGCGAGCGUUAAGGUCAGUCGCUUUUAAGCCCUAAAGAUCGGGGCUUUUGGAAGGAUCAGACUAGCCACCGGGAAACCCAAAGACUUGGGCUAUUUUCUAAGAUGGGGGGGAAGGAGCUGGAGAAGAUGAGAGUGCCUCAGACCUCAGUGGUUCUAGCGGCUGGAGGCUGGAGGGAGAAAGCGGGGACCCGAGGGGGACAGAGGUCUAAGCCAGCCUUCCCCACAGCCAAUUUCCUGCAAGGCCUCAACGCCUCAGUCAUGAAAUUUUCAUGCAAGUGUUGCUGUCAGCUCUGUUACAUACCUGAAUGGUUUCCACUAGAAAAAUAACGUUUCCGGUCACUUCCUGCCGAGAAAAGCAAGGGCCUCGGGAGGAUGGGGCAAGACAUUUGCUGCUGUGGCCUUGAGUGGGCCCCCCCUACUGUGAUUGUGGCACAGCAUGGGCCCGAUCCUGCCGGGGACCUGGGGACCCACUGCCUGGAGCCUGCCUGGGGGCAGGAGGGCUCAGCCAGGGCAAUCGUGAUUCUGGUCCCGACGGCCCUUAGGCGCCUCUGUGGGGAGGCCAGCCCCACGGGAGCCAGGACAAAGACGUGGGAUUUGAAAGUCAGCUGUGAGAAGUUAACUGCAAGGGAAAGGGAUUGGGGGCGGAGACACCCCCAAAUCAGAAGGGGGCAUAUCGGAUCUGGGGCUGGCGGAGAGUGACAGGGUGAUGUGGUGCUGUGUUUACGGCACGAACUCAGCAAGUACCCGCCGAGCUCCGGCUGUGUGUCAGACACUCCGCUGGAUACGCCGCAUGAGCGCACACAGAAAGCCCGGCCUGGUCAGGCUCAUGCUCUUAGAGAGCGCCCCAAAAAGGGACUGAGUGGUUACGGGCUUUGGAGCCAAAGCAAGAAGGGAAGUGGAUGUGGGGGACGGGGUCAAGAGGGGACAUUGGGGCUGUGACUUGAAAGAGGUGAGGGCAGGCCACGCAGGCACUGGGGCAGGAGCCACCCAGGCGAAGAUGUCAAAGGCUAGUUUGGCCACCCCAGAAAGUUCAGGAAGAGGUUUAGGUCUCACUUUAUUUGCCUUCCCACCCGGCAACAAGAAGUUUCUGAAGCUAAUGUUACUUUUGUUCUUAGCCUGAGCCCCCAGAGGCCAUUAGACCCCUGCAGGUGGAUAGAGGGGGGAGGGGCAGAGGGAGGAGCAGCCAGAGCAGAGCGGAACCAGUCCACCAAGUUGGGAAGGAGACUUUGUGUGUGUGGGGGGGGGUUCCUCAAGUACUGGGCAUCUUCACCCUCGCAGCACCCCAGGGAGGGACCUCCCAGGGCACAGCUCUGAGGGCACUCCUCAGGGUGGGACCCAUGGCCCUGGGCUUCCAGAGAUCUUCUGUCUCUCCCCUGGUGACCCAGAAAUAACAGAGGCCCCACGAGAUGGGGCAGGUCAAACUGCACCUGUAACUGGAUGGAGAGUGUGUUUCUGGGUGCUCUCCCUCAGGAAAAAUCCAGGAUGGUUCAUUGAGGUUCCUCAACCACACUGCCUGGGUUCAAAUCCGGGCGCCACCUCUUUCCUAGCUGUGUGACCUAAAGCAAGUUUCUUAACCCCUCUGUGCCUUAGUUGCCUGCUCUGUUAAAUGGGCGUACAAAUGUACCUUCCUCAUGGGAGAUCACGAGGGCUAAGCGAGCAAAGACAGGCCUGCAGUCUCGCAUCUGAAACUUUUUGGAGCAGUCGUGGUUCAGAACCGGUGCAUUGGCACAGUCGUCGGAGUCUAGACCCGAUAUUAUGUAACUCCCCCAGCAGGGUCUGGGCAGCAUCCCGUAAUCAAGCGUUGUUUCUGCAGCAAAACACACGGGCAUUCCCGCUCAGAUGAGUCAAGUCUACAAAUAGCCACACAUCGGUUCAGGCCAGACUUGUCCCCACAUGAGUUCAGUUCAGGUUAGGGUUUGCCACCAAUCUCUACCAGGAUAGUAAGCGCAGGGACCGGUGCCUAGCAUGCGGUGGGAACCAAACCCCAGACGCGUCAGCCUCCAAGCGUUAUCUUCCGUUGCUUUUUAGUUGUUCAGGCUGAUGAAAAGCCAGGAGAGGGCGCUCUUGAGACUUAAAGACAGCUGGUGGCUGCAGGACCCGAUUCCCAGAGCCCCGGGGAAACUGAAAACAUGGGGCCCCUUGUUCAAGUUUAUUGAGGAUUUCUAGACACCAAGAGCAGAGCGUUAAACCCCGCACAGGGCCCUUCUGAGGGAGGUGGCCCUGGGUGGUGGGUACUUUGUCCUGAGCCGAUUUCUCCUCCUCGGUAAGUGAGGCUCCAGUCCCCAUAGUCCCCAACAGGUCGCCUGCUCCGGCUUUGGGACCUGCCCAGGGCUCUGGCUGGGCCAGCAAGCUGGCUGGAGGCUGAAGCCUGCAUCCUCCUCCGUGUAGGACCCCAGGCGGGACCUGAGCUGGGCAAGUGGCAGGAUAAGGAUUGUGACACAGUUGUCAAGCAGCCCACCGAGAACAGGGGCUCAGGGCCAGAUCUGAUUCGCUUUUGGAAGCUGACACAGCGAGUGAGGCGUUCCUUGUGCACCUGCGGGGAGGGAGUGUGAUGUCGUGCUCAGGCCUCGUGUGGUCGGAGCCAGCCGACCUCGCUGGGACCCAUGUGGAACAUGAGACCUGUCCGGAGGGCCCACGAGUGUGCAAAUGCCCCAAAGGGGUAGGAUUAAUAGUAGUAGGAGGAGAGCUGAGGCAAGGCCCGCAGAACCCCAACAUUUCAGGGGGCCGGCGAAGGAAGCGAUGGGGAGCCUGGAGUGCGUGAGACAGGUCAGAUGAGGAAGAGUGGGGGCCACGAAAUUCAGUGCCUCUGCAGGGACCUGGGCACUCUUGAGCUGGAGCCACUGGAAUGAUCACAGGGAAACCCCAGGGGGUUGGUCGGGGGAACAAGGAGGGGAGAGGAAAAAGCAGGUCGGGAUGUACUGGAGACCGGGAGGAAAAGACCGUUUGUGGGAGCCCAGGUCAGAGCUGGAGGAGGGACUGACUCAAAACAAAGCCGCCCCUGAAGAGGACAUUAUCCGUCCCAUGACAGAACAGGGAAACCGAGGCUCCUGGAGCCCAGUCAGAGCCCAGCAGAGUCAGGGCAGAGCUGGGGUGGUCUGGGUGUGGUUCAAAGUGUGGGCCCCCCGCACGGCACACCCACUGUGGUCAAACAGACGGGCAGCAGCGAGUGCGGGCCACGUUGUGGAGAAAUCCGAGUCCUCCGACGCUGCCGGUGGGAAGGAGAAUGAGGCCGCUGUUUUGGAAAACAGUGGGCAGCUCCCGAAACUGUGAAACAGAGUGAUGGCGUGACCCAGCAGUUUCACUCCCACGCAAGUGCCCGAGGGAGGGGGAAACUUAGGGCCACGCGGAAAUCGGCACACGCGUGUUCGUAGCAGCAUCCUGCGUAAUAGUCAAAAAGAGGACACAACCCAUUGCUAAAGCUAGGCAUAUCCAUGUCGUGGAACACUGGUUGGCCGUGAAGAGAAGUCAGCGAAGUUCUGAUCCUUGCUACCGCGCGGAGGAGCCUUGAGAAUAGGAUACUAAGGGAAAGAGGCGGCCACAAAGAGCCACACGCGGUAUGAUUUCAUUUGUAUGAAACAGAGCAGCCGUCAUGAGAUUCUGGGCCACUUGCCCUUCCUUCUCCACCAUCUACUUCCUCGUCGUCAUCUUCAUGGUGUCCACCAUCUUCCACUGCCACCAGCGCCUGGCUCUGGUGCCCACCCUCUGGGCCUCCCCGGGCCACGUGGUCCUGGUCCCCGGACACCUGCCGCAGAGGGGCGUGUUCACCAUCAACUCCAAAGGCCGCUUGGGGAACCAGAUGGGCGAGUACGCCACCCUGUACGCGCUGGCCAAGAUGAACGGCCGGCCGGCCUACAUCCCGGCCCAGAUGCACAACGCCCUGGCCCCCAUCUUCAGGAUCACCCUCCCCGUCCUGCAUGGCGACACGGCCAGCAGGAUCCCAUGGCAGGACUACCACCUGAACGACUGGAUGGAGGAGCGGUACCGCCACAUUCCUGGGGACUACGUGCGCCUCACUGGCUACCCCUGCUCCUGGACCUUCUACCACCACCUCCACGAGGAGAUCCUCCAGGAGUUCACGCUGCACGACCACGUGCGGGAGGAGGCCCAGAAAUUUCUCCAAGCCCUGCAGGCCAAGUGGGCCCAGCAGGUCACCUUUGUGGGGGUCCACGUGCGCCGGGGCGACUACGUGCGCGUCAUGCCGCAGGUGUGGAAGGGUGUGCUGGCCGACAGGGGCUACCUGCGGCAGGCCCUGGACUGGUUCCGGGCCCGCCACCGCAGCCCGGUCUUCGUGGUCACCAGCGACGACAUGUCCUGGUGCCAGCAGAACAUCAACAGCUCCCGCGGGGACGUGGUGUUCGCAGGCAACGGCCGUCAGGGCUCUCCUGCCAAGGACUUUGCGCUGCUCGUGCAGUGCAACCACACCGUCAUCACCGUGGGCACCUUCGGGGUCUGGGCCGCCUACCUCACGGGCGGGGACACCGUCUACCUGGCCAACUUCACCCUGCCCGGCUCCCCCUUCCGCAUGAUCUUCAGGCCACAAGCGACCUACCUGCCAGAGUGGGUGGGCAUUGCCGCCAACCUGGGGCAGGCCGGAGGGAACAGCCCUUAGCCCUGCGCGGGCUCCUCCCUCGCCCUCGGCCCCACAGGCAGUGUGGGGGGUGCAGCGCACGGGCUCAGGAUCCGACACCCCAGUUUGAAUCCAGGCUGCUCUGCUUCCUGGCUGGGUGACUUCAGACAAGUGACAACCUCUUUGUGCCUUAGUGUGCCACCUGAAAGAUGAGCAAUAACACGGAACUUACCUCGGCCGCUCCUCGUGGGAACUCAGAGUUCAUUUAGUGCCUUGGGAACACGCAGUAAGCGUUGGCCCUGAACUUUGGGACUGCUUUAGGAUGGAAAGGCAUUUUUGCCCUCUCCUUUGCAGCUCGGGGAGCACGGAGUCCAAAUAUUUCGCUCUUCCCUCCUGGGAGAGUUUGGCGAUGAAGCCGUCCCUGCCUUCAGGUAAAGGGGAAUGAGGUGUUUUGGGCAGCUAAGAAUUCAGGCUUUGGGUUUAAGGGGGCGUUGUCAUGAAAGGAUGUGAGGGAAACGAGGAUUUGAAAGGAUGAAUCCCAGGGAGGUAUGCCUGGUGGGGAGGCCGACCCCUGAUUUGGGGGCGGGGGUGGGAGGGCCUCACCCUGACGGCAGGACGCAGCGCCACGCCUUGGCCUGUAGCAGCAAAGACGCCCAGAGGCCACAUGUCAUAGAAGCAGCCGGCUGACCCCAAGGGGCCCCAGAGACCAGCCAACGCCCUGUCAGCUGUCACCUGUAUGGACAGAUGACCUCACACUUCGGCACUGCCUGUGCCCUCAGGCCCUAAAGCCGCUCUGAGAAAGCCCAGUGUGGACAAAGCUUGGAUGAACUGAUUACAAUCCUGGUUUUCUUGUUCAGUGUAUUUUAAAGUAUGAAGAUACCACUAUUUUUAUUGGUAUAAUACUCCCCUUUGGGUAUUAAAAGGAAAUCUGAACAUA